AUGUUAUGGGGGCUGGGGCAUAAUCACACUCUUCAGUGCUGGUGCAACAAUUUUAUAACAAGAAUUAUCAACCAGGACAUCUUACAACAAAUGUGCAAGAGUAACAUGAUGAAGGCCCUUGACAGAAUGGUGGACUGCUUCAGCAAAGUCAUGCUUCAUGUGGCCAUAUCAUGUUGGCAACCGUUCCUGGGUCUGGUUCUGAUCAUCGUCCUCACAGGAUCGACAGCGGGAUGUCCCGCUCGCUGUGAAUGCUCUGCCCAGAACAAGUCUGUCACCUGUCAUCGGAGGCGCUUGACUGUGAUCCCGGAGGGCAUUCCUAUCGAGACCAAAAUACUGGACCUGAGCAAGAACAAGCUGAAGAUAAUCAAUCCGGAUGAGUUUGCAUCCUACACCCUGCUGGAAGUAAUCGACAUUAGUGAGAAUAUCAUUUCAUCCUUAGAACCUGGUUCCUUUAGUAAUCUUUUUAACUUGCGCUCCUUACGCCUGAAGAGCAACCGACUAAAGUUGAUACCCCUCGGUGUUUUUUCAGGCUUGUCUAACUUGACGCGGCUGGACGUCAGUGACAAUAAAAUUGUUAUUUUGCUGGACUACACCUUCCAGGAUCUGCAUAACUUAAAGUCUCUGGAGAUAGGGGACAAUGACUUGGUGUACAUCUCCCACAGAGCUUUCAGUGGCUUGCUAGCAUUACAGCAGCUGACGCUGGAGAAGUGUAACCUCACUGCAGUGCCCACUGAAGCCCUGUCCCACCUCCACAACCUGGUCCGCCUCCGGCUCUGCCACCUCCACAUCAAUGCCAUCCACGCCUAUGCCUUCAAGAAGCUGUUCAGGCUGAAGCACCUGGAGAUCAGUCACUGGCCACUGCUGGACACUCUCCCUGCCAACAGCUUGCAUGGUCUUAACCUCACCUCCCUGUCUAUCACCAACACCAACCUCUCUGCCGUGCCCUACGUUGCCUUCAGGCACUUGGUUCACCUUGUACAUCUUAAUCUGUCCUUCAACCCCAUCAGCGUGGUGGAAGCAGGUAUGCUGCAGGACCUCACACGCCUUCAAGAAGUGCACAUGGUCCAUGCUCAGUUGCUGACUAUCGAAGCUCGUGCCUUCAAGGGGCUGCAAGUCCUGCGGGUAUUGAAUUUGUCACACAAUCUGCUGGACACUCUGGAGGAGAGCACCUUACAGAGCACCAGGAGCCUACAGGUGCUGUGCAUUGACCACAAUCCGCUGGCGUGCGACUGCCGGCUGCUCUGGAUUCUGCAAAGGAGGAAGAUGCUGAGGUUCUCGGGAGAGCCCCCAACUUGUGCAUCGCCAGAGAGCCUGAGGGGGAAGCAGUUCUCAGAUUUCAACAAUCUGUACCUCCCCAGCUAUUUCACCUGUCAAAGGCCCCAAAUACGAGACAAGGAACCACAGAAUUUGAUGGUAGAGGAGGGUCAGACAGCUCAAUUCAUGUGCCAAGCCGACGGUGACCCACUCCCGGUUAUUUCCUGGCAAUCCCCACGCAGGAGACUGAUCACCCUCAAGUCAAAUGGCAGGGUGACUGUCCAGGGAGAUGGCACCCUGAAGUUCCGCUCCACCCAGUUUCUGGACAGCGGAGUCUACCUUUGCAUUGCCAGCAACGCCGCCGGGAACGACACCACCUCAGCUACGCUGCAAGUUAGGGGACUUUCCGAGCACUUGCGUGGAAACAGGACCUCUCAGUACCUGACCGAAUUGAACAACACCCACUCCAAUGGGACUCACGUUCCUAUGACAGUGUCCCUGGACCUCAAGACAAUACUAGUGUCCACGGCCAUGGGCUGCUUCACCUUUCUAGGUGUGGUCUUGUUCUGCUUCCUGCUCCUCUUUGUAUGGAGUCGUGGCAAGGGCAAGCACAAGAGCAACAUUGAUAUAGAGUACAUUCCUCGCAAGACCAAUGGAGCCACAGUUGACAAUGAGCAAGGAGGUGCACGGAGGUUCAACAUGAAGAUGAUUUAA